UCACAUGCCUGCGCACUGCGCGCAACACGACGCACGAAACGGGAUUAUUCCAUUUGAAGAAACAACAACAACAACAACAAUAAUAAUAACCAGGAUACAUCACCUGUUCUGCUUCUUCUUGCCGAGACGGUUGUAGACACUUUCUGAACAAAGCUGUCAAAGCAAUGAAAGCAUGGGGAGUUGGCUUUCUUUCCUUAGUGGUGUUGAACGCAGCGGUACGCUAUGUGACGUCUCUGGAGCAAGAAUUGACCGAUUCUAUUUUUGGCAAUUUCCUGCAUCCCAUCAAAGACUUGUUUGACCAGAAGCAUGACGCCAAUCAAACGGUGGCCAGAUUCUCCCUGCGCAGACCCUCCCGCCCGGAAGACGACCUGUGCUACAUCCUCCCCGGCCGAGCCGAGUCGCUGGCGGCCUGCGCCUUCAACGACACCGCCAAAACCUUCCUCAUCAUCCACGGCUGGACGUUGAGCGGAAUGUUUGAAAGCUGGGUGGCUAAACUGGUGUCGGCGCUGUACGAACGAGAGCAGGUGGCCAACGUCAUUGUGGUGGACUGGCGCAGCAUGGCGCAGAACCACUAUGUGGUCGCAGCCCAGAGCACCAAGGCGGUUGGGCAGGAGGUGGCACGCUUCAUUGACUGGAUCGAGGAAACAACCAACAUUCCUCUUGACAACCUUCAUCUGAUUGGCUACAGCCUCGGGGCUCACGUGGCAGGCUUCGCGGGAAGUCAUGCGACUAACAAAGUUGGUAGGAUAACAGGUUUGGACCCUGCCGGGCCCGACUUCGAAGGCGAGCACGCCCACAGGCGCCUCUCCCCAGACGACGCCGGGUUCGUGGACGUCCUCCACACCUUCACACGAGGCUCUCUGGGUCUGAGCAUCGGCAUCCAGCAGCCUGUGGGCCACGUGGACAUUUAUCCAAAUGGAGGCAGCUUCCAGCCGGGCUGCAACCUGAGAGGCGCUCUGGAAAAGAUCGCCAACUUUGGAAUAUUUGCCAUCGCCGACGCGGUCAAGUGCGAGCACGAGCGCUCUAUCCACCUCUUCAUUGACUCUCUGUUAAACGAGCGGGAGGCGGCCAAGGCCUACCGCUGCGGCAGCAACGACAGGUUCGACCGCGGCAUGUGCCUCAGCUGCCACAAGAGCCGCUGCAACACGGUGGGCUACGACAUCAACAAGGUCCGCAAAGCACGCAAUGUACAGAUGUACACCAAAACCAGAGCCACUAUGCCCUUCAGAGUUUACCACUACCAGCUGAAGAUCCACUUCUCCAGUAAGGUGAACCGCUCGGAGAUGGAGCCCUCGCUGACCGUCUCGCUGUUUGGAACCAAAGGGGAGGCGGACAACCUGCAGCUUAAACUGAAGGAGAAAAUAGCGGUGAAUAGGACGCAUUCCUUCCUGCUGGUGACCGAAAAGAACAUUGGCGAGCUGUUGAUGUUGAAGUUCAAGUGGGAGGAGUCGAACAGCUGGUCAGCCUCCAGUAUGUUGAGGAUGGUUUCUUCCUGGUGGUCCGGCGACUCCGACGGCGACAACAUGGAGGUGCACAAAAUUCGGAUCCGAGCUGGAGAGACGCAGCAAAAGGUGGUGUUUUGCCUAAAAGAUCCCGAUUCUUCCAACUUAAAGCAAGAGCUUACCUUCGUCAAAUGUCAGGACGCAUGGAGAACAGAUUCAAAGCGCACUUCCAAAAGAGUAACCUUGGAGGCUCACUGACCCUGCGGAGAAAACCGCCACCACCACCGCCACCGCCACCCUUGUGUCCAUUUCAGCAAUGAGUAAAUAAUUUAUUUGAUGUCUCAUAAUACAAAAAAAAAAAAAAAGCCACGCACUGACUUGUAUAUAGCCAGAGGAGUAUGCUCUUUUUAUUUAAAACAUUACAUAUGUUAAUACUUUUUGUUGGCUUUAUGACUAAUUAACUAGUGUAUCAUUAGUGCCAGAGAGAUGUGUCGCCACCCUUGUUAUCUAGAAAUCUAUCUUUUGAGGUACUAAUUUCCUAUUGUGUUGAUAUUUAUAGCGAUCACUGUCAAACUGAAUGGCUGCUUUUACAUGGACAUAAGCCCCUGGCCACAAUCUCUUAAAAAAUAUUCUGAAGUGCUCCUGGGUGUUUGGAAAUUGAUUGACUGACACAAAAUCAAUAAAGAACCUAUGCUGUGAAACGUGCAGGUAGUUGGCCAUCCUCAACUCAUAAUUGUUUUUAUUUUUUGUGACAUUUUGACACAGUCAGUGGAAUGUCCUCUUUUUUUUUUGUUUUAAACGUCCAUGUAAACGUAACCAGUGUCCUAUAUAGUAUUGUUACCUCCCCAAAGAAACAGGGAUAUAUAUAUAUACUUGUUUUCAUGAUAAAUGUGUCCUAGGCAAUAGUGUGUGUUUAUGUACAGUAUUAUAAAUGAAACCUAACAAAGCAUUCACCACUGUGGCCCCCAGCACAAUGUGACUGUGGGACUGGAUCAGUGUGCCUUAAGCUCAACAAAGCGCUUUCUUGCUAUGUGUGUGUUUUAUGGGUACUUUAUUGUUGCUAUGACAACAAAGAAACAUUACUCCUGCCUUUCUACUCUGUUAUACCUCUGUGCUGCAAAACAUUACUCAGCUGUUACCUCAACGAACAGGGAUGCAGGGAUGGACAUGUUUAAACCGUGUACAGACAGGAUUUGAUGUAAAUAAGAAACAGUCGAACAAUCGGAAACUGCUGUAAUCAACUCGUAACAAAAAGCACAGUUUUUGGUUCUAUUGUGAAAUGUAAUCUGUUCUCCUUGUACAUACUUGUAAAUAUGUGCUGGUGUAUAGUGUAUAUUUAAUAAACAACACAUGAGAGGGCAA